UUUUUUCCAGUGUCUAUUGAUAAUGCAAACAAAUUAUAGGCAUGUAUGUACUUUAAUUAAAUUAGCUUAACAAUUUAGUUCUUCUUCAGCCGUCAACAGAAAUAUACGUUAUCAUUAUUUAAAAUAUGGUAAGCGUAAAAGACGUGCUAUGUUUAUUACUAAUGUGCUUUUUUGCGUAUUAUGCGGAGAGUGCCAGCAUUGAUGGGAAUAUGAAACCACAACCUGCUAUAGUUAAAGGCCCUCCAAGUGUGGCAGGAAAUUGUGAUCUUGAAAGAAAUUGUAAGAUUAAUGAAACUACUGUACCGUUAUGUCGUUAUGAUGAUGGUGAGGGUUGCAUACGGAAAUAUGCAUCGAAAUGCCAUUUGGAUAUAGCAGCCUGUGUGGCUGGUACGAAAUACACAGAUUACAGCAACGAUUAUUGCUCAAUGGACACUUACCUAUGUGAGGAGGGCUAUGAACGUUGGACGAUAUUCUUCGGAUAUGAAAAAGUUUAAUUUUGAAAUUGUCAAACAAGUGAUAAGAGAAAAAUACCAAUUAAUUUUGAUGACUGUCUAACACAAAAUUAUGUACAUAAUUACCUAUGUACAUAUGAAUAAAUAAACGGGCGUUCUUGACUAUAUUUAUCAUGAAUGUCGAUGAAAACUG